AUGCCACCGAAAUCAAAUGAUGCAGAUGAUGUUUUAGACUUUAUUAAUUCAUUACCAGACUCAAAAUCUGGAACUCCAAAGCCAACUGAUGAUGGUAAUAAGGAUAAUAGUGAAGAUUUCUUGGAAUUUUUAGAUGAAUUAGCAGCCCAUGAUAAAAGUAAACCAUCUACAGGUCUGCCAGUAGUCAAUUCUGUAUUAAAACCAUCCACAUCCAAGGAACCAAAGGAAUCAAAGGAAUCAAAGCAACCAAAGGAAUCCAAAAAUGAAGUGGAAAUUAAAACCCCAAUAGUUGAAUCUUCAGAUGGUGGUCAAGAUGUAAGUACUCCAGAACCAGAAAUUGAUCCAAUUGGAAGUAUUUCUACCUGGUGGAAUAAGGAAGGUUCUAAUAAAGUUUCAUCUCUUUGGGGUUCAAUUGCUUCUAAUGCUCAACAAAUCACUGAUACUACUUAUCAAAUUGCUUCAACUACCACAAAUCAAAUCUCUCAACAACGUCAAAAACUUUUAUCUGAACAUAAUUUUAAUGCUGAUCAAAUCACACAAUUAGAUUCUUUGGGGGAAAGAUUAAAUUCUGUCUUUACCAAUAUGUCUCAACAAAUUACUCAAGGAUUAAUUGGUCCAGAUGAUGAACUCUUGAAUAUCUUAUUAGUUCAUGACUUGUAUAAUGUCAACUAUUUGGAUAAAGAAUGUGCCCUCAAGUUUAAUAAAGUUAUGGAUCAAGUUGAAGGUGGGAUUAGAGUGACUGUAAAUAAUUUUAAUCAUAAGGAACAAGAGAAUGAUAAAGUUAAUUUAAAUUUAUUUCAUGGGAAAAUUAUUGAUGGUGAAAAGCUUUGCUUUGCCAAUUUAGAAUCAUCUAUUAAAGAUUAUUCAAGUUAUACAUUAGCAGAUGAAAAUGCAAAGAAAGAGGAAGGAAUUGAUCAAACAAAGGAUACUAGUCAAACCAUUAAUAAAUCAAAUAUAUUCAUCUCAAUUCAACCAAUUACUAGUCGUACUAGUAAUGAAGAAACAGAACCAAAGGAUGAAAACUCCCCAAUUUUAAUUGAAUCCAAUAAUAAGGAUAGUUUUGCAUUUACUCUUAUUUUGAAGGAUAUUACCAAUAAUAUCACCAUUAUUACCAAAACUCAACCAUUUUCAUUAAUAUGGGCACAAUGGCUCAAUGGCGAAUCUAGUACUGAUGAAAACAUCAAUCCAAGUGAAUGGGUUAAGGAUUGGAUUAAGGAUGGUUUAGCAUUAAGUUUUGGUGUUUUGGCACAAGAAUAUGUUGUAAAGAGAAUGGGUUAUUAA